AUGGCAGAGAAUGGUUCCAGAGUGGUGGAGUUUGUUCUGACAGGGUUCCAGCUCCCGGCAGCACAGCAGAUGGGUCUCUUCAUCGUGUUCCUGGCCCUCUAUCUCGUAACCCUUGGGGGCAAUCUGGGCAUGAUCAUGCUCAUCCAGAGUGACGCCCGGCUGCAGACGCCCAUGUACUUCUUCCUCAGCCACCUCUCCUUCCUGGACAGUUGCUACUCUUCUGUUAUUGUCCCUCAGUUGCUUGAGACUUUGGGGACCAGUAAGAUGGUCAUCACCUACGAGCGCUGUGCCAGCCAGUUCUUUUUUUUUACACUCUACGCGAGCGCUGAGUGUUUCCUCCUGGCUGUGAUGGCCUACGACCGCUACGCAGCUGUGUGUAAUCCCCUCCGCUACACCAUGGCCAUGGCACCACACACCCGCCUGGGGCUGGUGGCCACCGCGUAUGCUGGUGCCAUGGUGAAUUCUGUGGUCCGCACUGGGUGCACCUUCUCCAUCUCCUUCUGUAAGUCCAACCGCAUCGACUUCUUCUUUUGUGACCUCCCGCCCCUGCUGAAACUUGCCUGCAGUGAGACCCGACUACGGGAGCAGGUGAUCUUCCUCUUCGCUUUCUUCGUCAUCACAACCAGCAUCUCAGUGAUUCUUAUAUCCUAUCUCUUCAUCGUCCGAGCUAUUCUGAGGAUUCGUUCAGCAGGUGGCAAAGCCAAGACCUUCUCCACCUGUGCGUCCCACAUGACUGCAGUGGCUCUUUUCUUUGGGACACUCAUAUUCAUAUAUCUGAAAGGGAACAUGGGAAAGUUCCUCUGGGAAGACAAGAUUGUGUCAGUAUUUUAUACCAUGGUAAUCCCCAUGCUAAACCCGAUGAUCUAUAGCCUGAGAAACAAGGAAGUGAAGGAAGCUUUGAAGAAAAUUUUCAGAAGAAUGAGAGUUUCCUAA